UCUUCUCUUGACUGAGUAACCUUCACUAUACUAUCUCUCUUACUCUUAACUCUUAACAACACCAAAAAAACAAAGCCUCAUUGUAAUGGCACCCUGCAGAAAAAAAGAUGGACCAACUAAGAAAACAAUGAAUAGAGGAGCAUGGACCCCGGAGGAAGAUCAAAAGCUAGCUCAUUGCAUUCAAACUCAUGGUGCCAAGAAAUGGAAAACUGUUUCGGCCAAAUCAGGUUUGAAUAGGUGUGGAAAGAGUUGUAGGUUAAGAUGGCUGAACUAUCUUAGACCCAAUAUCAAGAGAGGGAACAUUUCAGAUGAUGAAGAGGAUUUGAUUCUUAGGCUUCACAAACUUCUAGGAAACAGGUGGUCUUUGAUAGCUGGGAGGCUUCCGGGACGAACUGACAAUGAAAUUAAGAACUAUUGGAAUUCUCAUUUGUGCAAAAAAGCCACUCACAUUGAGGAAAAACCAGAAACUUCCACAACACAAGAAACUAUAAUUCAAGACAAUAUUUUUGGGGAUAGUGUUGUAUUAGAGAAUAAAGAUUCAAUUAAUGGAAGUGUUGAUUCUGAUGUUCUCUUUGAUGUGAAUGAAUUCUUAGACUUUUCCAUUGAUGAACCAUAUGAGUUUGAUUGGGUGAAUAAACUCUUGGAAUUUGAGCAGAUUCAGUUGCCUGAGAACACAAAUAUCUGAGUGAGCAUUGUUGUGGAUAAGUAGCUCCAGUGAAGUAUAAUGUGGAAAACAAGUUGUUCUAUUCUGCUUCUAAGCACAUGUUUGGAUUAACUGUGAUCUAAUCUAGUGCAAAAUCACAGUUAAAUCGGAAUUUCUGCAAAUGUUGUCAUGAUCUCAAAGUAGGAGGUUUAUUUUAGUUAGUUUUUGUAACUUCCAUUGUUGUUAUUGUUAAAGUAAAUAUGUAGUGAAUUGUGUCAUUAGUUGU